AUGAUAAUCCGGCCUUUCUGUUGUCGCGCGGUCGCCUCGUCCUUUACCCUCCUCCUCCUGUUGCUGGCCUUUUCGCCCCAGCCCACGCAAGCAAAGAAAGAUGGGCCGACCAUCAUCUCCACGAAAUUCGAGAAUGUCCUCGAGAAUGUCUUCUACUUCGAUGACUCGCAUGUCAUCAUUGGUCAAGAUAGGGAGCUGAACAAGGUGUGGCGCAGCGCAGACGCCGGGGAGACGUGGCAGGAGAUUGAUGAUGAGGGACAAUCGGGAAAUGCCUGGGAGCUGUACCCUCAUCCCUGGGACAAUCAGCGCGCAUACAUCCUCGGACUUGCGUUUGAUCAUUGGAUCACUACGGACAGAGGCGAGACAUGGAGGAAAUUCAGUAGUGCUGGUUCCGGUCUUGCCUUGUUCCGCAGCAGCCCUUUGAGCUUCCACGGACGAGAUCCCAAACGCGUCAUCUGGAAUGGUGAGCAAUGCACUGGCCUGUCGUGUACCGAGGUCGCCAUGUACACGGACGAUGAUUUCAAGACUGUCACCAAGAUAGGCAGCCAAACAAGAGGUUGUCAAUGGGCUGUUGGCACCCCAGACUUUGCCCUGGAUAUCGCGGCCGAAGUUGACACUCGAGUGUUCUGCAUUGUGGAGGGUCUGUAUUCUCCUUGGCCCAAGGACAACCGGUUGGUCGUCUCCGACAGCUAUUUUGAAGAGGACGAGCUGGAGCCCGCCCUGGACGAAGGUCGAGCGGUAACUGGGAUCAUUAGCAUGGCUUCCGUGAAGGGAUUUUUGGUUGCAGCGGCAAAGUCGGAGGGUACGGAUGAGCUGGCCCUGUAUGUGACAAAAGAUGCAUCACAAUGGCACAGAGCCGAAUUCGGACAACAUCGCAUCAAUGAAGAUGCCUACACCAUCCUCGAAAGCACCAACUACAGCAUGCAAGUCGAUGUACUGGGAUCCCGGCCUUCCAACCCGAUGGGCUACCUGUUUACAUCAAAUUCCAACGGAACAUACUUCACCCGCAACAUCGACCACACCAACCGAAACCUCUACGGUCGAGUCGAUUUUGAGAAGGUUCAGAGCAUCCAAGGGAUUGUUCUGGUGAACACCGUGGACAACUGGAAAGAGGUCGAGGCUUCCACCCUUGCCGACAAACAGAUCAAGUCGCAAAUCAGUUUCGACGACGGCCGAACAUUCCAAGAUCUUAUGGCGGGCGACAAGAAGCUACACCUCCACUCGGUGACAGAUGCCAAGCAGGCCGGCAGGAUCUUCUCUAGUCCAGCCCCCGGCAUCGUUAUGGGCGUUGGCAACACUGGAAAGUAUCUCAAAGAUUACAACGAGGGUGACCUUUUCGUCUCAGAUGAUGCCGGCGUCACAUGGUACAAGGGCCUCGAUGGAGCUCAUCUUUACGAGUUCGGCAACCAAGGGGCUGUCAUUGUAGCCAUUGACGACGAAGAUGCAACUUCUUAUAUCAGGUAUUCUAUUGAUCAUGGCAAGACCUGGACGAAGGCAGACCUUUCCCAGAAAAUCCGUGCUAAGGUUCUGACGACGGUCCCUGAUUCUACUACCCUCAGUUUCCUCCUAAUGGGUGCCCAUGGGUCGGGCUCCAAGACGGAAUGGGUCAUGUUCAAGAUUGACUUCGAAGGCCUUCAUGAACGCGCGUGCAAGAAGGACGAUUUCGAGCGAUGGCCUGCCCGCGUCGACGCGGAUGGUAAGCCCAGCUGUCUCAUGGGGCACAAGCAAUUCUUCCGCCGACGCAAGGCUGACGCCGAAUGCUUCAUUGAUGACGAAUUCAAGGACCCAGUUCCGGAGUUUGAGCCUUGCGUCUGCACAAUAGCAGAUUUCGAAUGCGAUUACAACUUUGUCAGGGAUCCCGACGAUCGAACCAAAUGUGUCCCGGCUGCACCUCUCUCUAUCCCAGAAGGGGAGUGCAAGGACAUUGAGGACACGUUCAGAGGGCCUUCUGGGUGGCGAUUGAUUCCCGGAGACGAGUGCAAUCGCAAAGGCGGAGAAGAACUUGACAAGGAAAUCGAAAGGCCUUGCUCAGACUCGGCGAAACGGCCGGCGUCAGGUGAAAUCGUUGUCGAGAAAACUAACUUCGAUGCCGACCGAUUUUCUGAAUGGUACUAUCUGGAAAGAGGGGACACUUCGAUGGGAAAUGACGAAUCAAUCGUCAUGCGGACAAGUGAACAGGACAUCUUCCUCACUCGUGACCAUGGCAAGACAUGGGAGCCCAUCCUCACGGGAGAACCCAUCACUGCCAUUGCCCCCAAUCCUCACCAUCAUGACGUGGUAUUUUUCCUUACAGGCUCCAAGACCGUACACUACACCAUCGACCGAGGUGAUCGGUUUGACCAGUUCGUUGCACCAGAACGGCCCAGCAAUCUGAGACUGCCAACCUUGAGAUUCCAUCCAGACUACAAGGACUGGUUGCUCUGGUCUGGCGCAGUUGGAAAGGAUGAUCAUACCAACAUCUUUUACUCGAAAGAUCGGGGCGACAAUUGGCAGACUCUUGUUCGAUACGCAAGGAAGUGCGAAUUCAUCACCCGAGAGGGACGGGCUGAUUCUGACGAACUCAUCUACUGUGAACAAUAUCAAGAUGAAAAUCCGGACAAGAACCUCAUGCUCUUGUCCAGUGAUAACUUCUUCAGCGACUCGACAGUCCAUUUCCCGGACAUUUUGGACUUUGCAACCAUGUCGGAAUUCAUCAUCGUGGCGGCGAAGACAGAAGAUAGACAGAGUUUGAAAGUGGAUGCAAGUAUUGAUGGCCGGACUUUUGCCCCAGCGGAGUUUCCCAAGAACUUCCAGGUUGCUCACCAACAGGCCUACACUGUUCUGGACAGUUCUACCCAUGCCGUCUUUCUGCACGUUACUGUCAACGCGGCCCCAGACCGUGAAUACGGAGCCAUAAUCAAAUCCAACAGUAACGGCACAUCGUACGUGUUCACCUUGGACGCUGUCAACCGGGACCAGGAAGGAUACGUCGACUUUGAGAAAAUGCAAGGCCUUGAAGGCGUCGCUACUGUCAAUGUUGUCGCCAACAUUGACGAGACUAAUGACGGCGAGAAGAAGAAACUCAAGUCCAUGAUCACACACAAUGAUGGCGCAGAAUGGGCUCUGCUGCCACCGCCCAAGAAAGACGCCCUUGGGCAUGAUUAUAAGUGUGUUUCAGAGGCCAACAAGGCAACUCAGAAAUGCUCUCUGCAUAUCCACAGCUACACCGAGCGAGCCGACAAGUCAGCCACAUUCUCCAGCCCUAGUGCAGUUGGCCUUAUGAUGGCGGUCGGUAAUGUCGGGGAAUUUCUCGCUCGAAAAGAUGAUGAAAGCACUGACACAUUCAUCACACGUGACGCUGGCAUUACAUGGUCAUCGGUGAAGAAGGGCAGCUACAUGUGGGAAUAUGGCGAUCAAGGCAGUAUCAUUGUCAUUGUCAAGGAAUCGCAACCUACGAAGAGCCUGUUUUACACGCUCGACGAGGGUCAAACAUGGAAAGAGUAUGAAUUCUCUCCCGAAGUUGAAAUGCAGAUCGAUGCAAUCACCACGGUUCCUUCGGACAAUUCACGGAAUUUCUUGCUUUGGGGCCGCGAACUAGGAGCUGGAGCCAAACGUGGCAUCUUUACUGUUCACCUUGAUUUCAGUGGGCUCAAGGAACGACAGCGGAAAUGUGACUUGGACGAGGCAAACCCGAUCAACGAUGACUACUCGCUAUGGGAGCCGAAACAUCCUAUGCAAGACUCCAACUGCCUUUUCGGUCAUGUGUCACAAUACCACCGCAAGCGAAUCGAUGCUCAAUGUUACAACGGAAAGAAAAUCAACCAUCUCCACAACCUUGCACGCAACUGUAGCUGCACUCGGCAAGACUUUGAGUGCGACUACAAUUACCAGCCACAGGCUGACGGCACAUGCCAACUGGUGCCCGGUCUGCAACCCCAAGACCACGAACAAAAUUGUCUCGACAAUCCUAAGCAGGUCGAAUUCUGGUAUCCGACAGGGUACAGGCGUAUUCCGCUCACGACAUGUAUAGGGGGUGUGGAACUGGACAAAUUGGAGAGCCGCCCGUGUCCUGGCCACGAGAAAGAAUACCACAAGAAGCAUGGCAUCAGCGGGGCGGGAUUGUUCUUUGCGAUUUUCAUCCCCAUCGCUGUAGCUGUGGGGAUUGGGUACUGGGUCUACACGCAAUGGCGGGCCGGAUUCGGCGGGUUCGGACAGAUCAGGUUGGGUGAGAGUAGAGCAAGUGGCGCCGAGUCUGGGGAUUCUCCGUGGAUCACAGUGCCCGUUGCGAUUGUCAGCGGAGUGGUCGCUGUUGCAAAGGCCACUCCUUUGCUUGUCAUGUCUCUAUGGCGGAGUGCCAAGGGAUACAUGCCAUUGCGUUCCGGCGGUGGUGGAGGAGGCAGGUUUGGACUUGGAAGAGGAUCGGCUGCCGGUGGAUAUGGUGCGCCGUAUCGGUCGAGAGACGCUUUUGCAAGACGCGGUCAGGAUUAUUCCGAGGUGGUCGAGGAUGAUGAGUUGCUUGGAGACGGGCUGGAUGAUGAAGAAGAGGUUUGA